CUCAGGCCGUGAAACGGACGUUGCGUUUUCCUCGAUUCCCUCUCUCUCUCUUUCUCUCUCUCAUUCUCAUAACGUUUGUGCUUUGUUCUCUUCGCGACUACGGCGACGGGCGACGGGUUGUCCGAUCUGCGCGACGUGCCAAGUCGAGGAAUUCGUCGGAUUGGACGCGUUUCUCGCAUCGAACGGGUGCCGAGUCGUGUAGCCGAGCGUCGUCCGUCGUGGGAGACGUGACUUGCGAACCAAGUCUCACAUCGCGGUGACGAGAAAAACGUCAGCUUUACGGGGUGACGCCGGCCGCCUUGGAGCCUCGUUAGUGGCUCGAGUCUCUCCCGAGGCCCGCGCAGGCCUCGUAAUACACACGAGACCAAGGUAAGACGCACCGCCGACGUCCCGUUCUCAAGGACAGCUAUCGCGAAUAUGAUAACGGUGUUGAUCCUUGCUGCCUUACACCCCGUGCAAAUCCCGAACGCAACUCUGUAUCGCGUUUGCAUGCACGCACGCACGCACGCUCGCUCGCUCGCUCGCUCGCUCGCUCGCUCGCACGCAUGCAUACAUGCAUGCAUGCACGUUCGUUCACGCUUCGCGUAUUCCUCCCGCCUCGAUUGCAGUAAUUAAUUGGUAUCGCCUUAACCUUCUAACGGAAGUUUUAACCUCCUCCGCGCUUUGGAGGCAAUGCGUAAAUCUGCACACAAGGCGAUAUUUUGAUAUUUGUAACAAGGGGAAAGAGAGAGCACGCAUCUUGCAAAAUACAUCUUGCUCUCGUCUUUUAUUUCCUUUUAAAUGGAAACUAGUACGUAAAUCUCGAAGUCUCGAAGAAAAAAAUAAGAUUUACUACGUUAGACGUUCAGAUCUGUUUAAUUUGGAACUGAAUGUAAAAGGUUGUUUCUCUGUUUGUAAUUGCUGCAAUCAUUACUGUAGAUCCCUUGACGUUUUUUUGUAACACAUAGCACAAGUUCUUUUUAUACUUUAAGACCAAGAAUUCACGUUCUUAAAUGUCAUUGGACUUGUCACAAUGGCAAAGUUUAAUUCUGAUCAAACAUGGAGAGCUUUAAACUGUAAAUAUGGAAUCUAAUCUGUAAAAAUCAGGAGUUGUAUUAAGUAAAAAUUAUUCUGUUGAACUCUUAAUAAAAUAUUGAAUUACAUUUUGCCAAGAAAAGAUCAUUAAUGUGACACCAUUAGAAUAAAAAGUAUCAUUACAUUGAAGCUUUCUUCAUGUUUUUGUCGUUCUUCAACUCGCCCUCUGGUUCCUCCUCCCAUUUUCUUUCUCUCCCCCAUAGGCCAAAAAAUAUUCUUUCAGGUUGAAAGUUCGUUCGCUAUAGUUUCUAGUGCAAGUACAAAAACGGUUCGUGGUUUAUCGGUACUUUCUUAGUUUGUGUUGUGUUCAAGUUGAAAGUUUAAACCGACAUUAAAAAAAAGUUCCGCGCAAGAGAAUGUCUAAACCAACAAAACGACAUACGUUUCCGCAUAUGUGAGCAAACAAAGUUCAGUUUAAGUAAUAAAGUAUAAGAAAAAGUUCCAAAUAAAAAAAAAAUAAAAAUAAAAAAAAAGGUCCAAAGUUGUGAUAUAAGAAAGUAUGUUCGACACGAUAUGGAUCGCGCGCGUUGUGCCAUCAAGAGCGAAUACUUCACAGACACUGAUUGACACAGGCUGAUAUAGAGUUCGACAUGUCCGACUCUGGUACAGACAGUACUUCCACGGAAGGUUAUGACGAAGACAGAAAUCGGAUCACGUCGACCGGGGAUGAAGUGACAUCGUCACGCUACUCGCAUCAUUCCUCCGAAACGGAGCGGCGAAAGUCCGCGGCAAGUUCUACCUUCUCCGAGGGAAAGUCUCCGCGAUCGCCGUUAUCGGGCGGUGAGUCCAAGUCGCCACGGUCCACGCCAUUAUCGCCGAAAUCGCAGCGAUCUGGCAUAAUGUCUCCCAGCGAGGAGGGUUCUCCGAGCCGUAGUUUAUCGAAGUCUCCGCCGCCGCUGUCGCCGUCAUCGCCUAUGUCCCCAACAUAUCGUCCACCCGCAUCGCCAACAUAUCACCUGAAUGACUCGCCAAAGUCCUAUCAUUCAGAAAAUAACUCUCUCGAUUCGCCUCGAUCGGAUCGCAGCAUGUCGCGAUCGCCUGUUCAGGAUAACGGAUCAUGUCUCUCUCCUUCAAACGAUUCUAAAUCUAUGCGUUUCGGAGACGCCGAAUCGAAGGGAUCCGACCUCGAGGCGGAUACUCAAAGAUCUGCCGACAACUCGUUAAAAUCAUAUUCAUAUAAGAAUAGCGAGUCCAGGCAAAGUUCACCAAAAUCGCCCAGAUCGGGCGCGAGUUCUGUCAAGUCCUUGAUGUCUGCAAGAAGCUCACCGAAGUCGUUCAAGUCCGGUCCAGCGUCUCCUAUGGAUGAUCAAGAAUCAGAUAAACAAUCACCGGUGCAUUCGGGUCCUCGAUCUCCCGAGGAAGAAAAGAAUGGUUCGUAUAACGAAUUAGACGGCGAGCAAAUUUCGGAUGGCGAUAUUGAGGACGAACCAGAGCCCAUGUCCAAGUCUAAACCUGCGCCUAUGACCCAUGGCGAAGAUUUGUCGGAUGUAUCGGAUCUUGAGAGUAUAGAUGGACCUGAAGAAUCCACUGAACAGAACGCAGAAACAGAUAAGGCUCAAGAACAAGAUAUUAAACAGGAAUCUAUCAAUGAUGAAGAAAAAGUAGAAAAAGAAGACAAAAUUGCACCAGUUGGCUUGACGGAGGAAAGUGAACAAUUGGACUUUGAAGCCGAUGGUCAAUGGAAAGACGAACGUGACGAAGGUGAAACUGAGACAUCUGUUACGAAAGAAACUAAAGAAAAUACAGAAAAAGAUAAUAAAGAAAAAGAUAAAGACAAGGCAAAGUCAAAAGAAUCCGGUGAGAUUAAUGAUAAGGAAGAAGGGGAAGAGGGUGAAAAAGAGGAAUCUGAAUUAGAAGAAGGGGAGCUUAGCGACGGAGAUGAUGCACGGCCAGAGGAAACCGAGCCGAGACCAGUGUGCCGCUUCUACAAUCGGGGCCAAUGCACAUGGGGUGUUAGUUGUAGAUUUUUACAUCCUGGAGUGACGGACAAAGGUAAUUACACUAUGUUCGAUAUGGUGAGGCCUAUGGCAUAUCCGCCGCACGCUGCCGCGCCGCACGAAUAUAGGUCCCACAUCGAGAGACCGAGUAUGCGAGCGUCAUUACCGAGUUAUGGUGCUCCUACACACGCACCCAAAGUGGAAGAAACGCCAACCGAGUCCGCCUGGGAGCGUGGCUUACGCCAUGCCAAGGAAAUGAUGCGCAAAGCCAAUAAACGCAAAGAAUCAGACAUGGACUUCGAAGAGAAAAAGAUGAACCUGAGUUUAGGACAAGAUGAAUUGGAUCGAGAAGCGGGAUAUUACGUGAGAGCGGCUAGUCCCGAACCACCGGUCGAAAGAUGGCCACAACGUGAGGUACCACGCAGAAUAUCAUCGUCUAGAAUCACGCCAGAGAGAUAUGUCGAUGAACCCGAGGGAUAUUACCCCCCAUCUGCGUCAUCCGACUAUUAUAGGAGAGUGCAUUACAAAGAGCCUCGCGACUAUCGAGAUCGUUACGAUUAUCACCCGAUUCCUCGCGGUGCGCAUUCAGUUUCUCCGCCAUCACACAACCGCGACCGAGAAAGGGAACGGGAUCGCGAACGCGAUAGAGAGCGUGAUUAUUACGAGAAAUACGAAAAGAAGCAUAAAAGACCGUCGCGCGAGGUCAUCGUGGAACGUAUUCCCCCGACGAAACCAUGGCGAGAAGAAGAGCCACCUCCUGCCGAAAGGAGUAGAGGUGACGAAUGGGCGGAUCCAUGGAUGCGACGCAAGUCUCCGAGUGCUGUGCGCCGCAACACGUCGUCCCGUCGAUCUAGACGGCAGUCUUAUUCUUCUGGAUCUUCGUAUUCUUCAACAAGUUCUAGCCGUAGCUCGAGCCGUUCUAGCUACAGUUCUUACGACUCCCUAUCCAGGUCCCGUUCUCCUUCCCCUCGAUCUAGAACCCGUUCUGCCGGCAAAAGCAAAUCCACUGUUGUCAGUCCACCAUCCUCAAAUCCCCCGGCUAUCGCUACAACUACACCUCAAAGAGGUGCCAUGUUAAUGAAUCCUCCCGCUCCCUCUCCUCGUCCAUCGAAAGGCUCUAUCUCCCCUACCACGGGUACGCUGCAUCGACGAGCUGGACUGAAUCCACCUGCCCCAAGUCUGUUCUCGUCUCAUCGUCAUCAUGACAAAGCUAGGGAACAAAAAGCUGCUAUCGCUGCGGCUGCUGUGGCUAAGAUAAUUAAAAGUCGCUCCAGAUCUAGAUCGUCUCACAGUAGUUCGGGGUCAGAAAGCAGCGGAAGUAGCAGCGACUCAAGCGAGUCGAGUUAUUCAUCGUCCUCCAGCGAAGCGCGCAGAAGGAAAGGUUCGACACCGCCAAUAACACGUAAAGAUUCCAAAGGUAUUGACGCUUUGAAGCUGAGCGGCACGAAGCAGCAAAUUAAAUUAACGCUGAAACCUACGAGCAAUACCACAGCGGUAAAGAAGAUCGACCGUAGUGCGCUUAUGGCAGGUAAAAAACGAGGUAUUGAAUCACCGCCGUUAAUUGAUAACAAGGCGCAAGUGGCAGCAGCGGCAGCCAAAGCCGCCAAGAAGGCGAGCUCGCGACGCGAGGAAUUGCUAAAGCAACUCAAGGCCGUGGAAGACGCGAUUGCCCGUAAAAGGUCGAAAGUUUAAAAUCGACUCGAUUAACUAACGUAUGCUCUUCGUGAAUAGAGACUGAAAAGGACAUAAUUAAUAUUGCUUUUUAUACAUAGCAAUUAAAAAAAAAAAUAAGAAUUCUGAUGUAACGUAUAUAUAUAAUUUUUCAAUAAAUAAAAUCUGUAUGUGUUAAUCAGAUUCAUAGUAUGAUAUCUUGAUAUAUCUUAUGAUAUUUAAUAUAUCGAUAUUUUAAUACAAAAUUUAUUUCUAUUAAUAAUAACCAUCAGUAAAAAAUCAUUUACACAUUUAUUAUUGUAAAACGUAAAUUCGCCGAAGUUAUGGAUUAUCAAUUUUAAUUUUUAGAAUAUAUUAGUAUAAUUGUAAUUUCCUAAAAUCUUAAAUUUGUUUAUUUCUUUUUCUCGUAAAAAUUUAUUUUCUUUUCACUUUUUCUUGUAUAUUAAGUAUGUACUGUAAAUCUGAUUGAUUUGAUCAAUACUAUACUUAUAAUAUUGAGAUGAUACGAUAUUACAAAUGUAUAUAUAUCUAUUGGUACAGCACAAAUAUUUGAUUGUACCAGUACAAUAUAAAUGUAAUUAAAGAUUUUUAUGAAAAUAAAAACAUACUUGACAUCGGUAUAUAAUUGCUAAUCGGAAUCAUUUCGAUAUUCAGUCUCUGUUUGCGGAUGUGAAUAGAUACGUAUGUAUUAAAUGUUGUUUAAGUACUGUAUAAUUAGCUGCCAUCACCAUCACGAAACAAUGAAAUAUGUGAGGCCUGUUAGAGUGUGAUGGUGUAUACAAGCAAGUUUGUCCUGGUUUUUACAAUACAGGGUUGAAUCCCAUUAUUUACGUUUUAUUUCUUCAUUAGACUUUUCUCUUUCUUAGAUAGCGCUUAAAUAUAACGAUUGGUAUUGUACAGUCUCUCUCGAGUUUGUUUCAAUAACACUCGAGCGGCUAUUUUUAUGUAAAAUGUGAAACAUGAGAAAUACAUUAUCCAUCGAGGAAUUACGAAGAUAACUCUUGCGUUUUAAUGAAUAGUUAUGCGUCAAUUCAUCGAAUUUUGUUAACGCACAAAGAAUUUAUAGAUAUGAUAAGUUAUAAUGCUUCUAAAGCAGAAAGUAGAUUGGUGAACUGAUAUUAAUUGAUGUAAAUUAUCAUGUCUGUACAAAUCGACUAUUCUAGUAUCACUUUUAUUUCCGACAUAAAUAUUAAACAUCGUGGACUAUCAAAGAUCUCUAUGUUGCCAAAUAUUCUGCAACUAUAUUGAUAAACUUAUUAAUUUGCGUUUUAUUACGAUUACUAAAAGUAUUGGUAAAUUAAUGUAAAAAUUAUUUUUCGUAAAGUAAGUAAAUAUUGAUUUUGCCAAUAAGAAUUAAUCAGAAGUACACAGCUAUUAUUUUUCAUUUAAUGGACAAGGAAGUUUAAUCCCUGUAAUAAAGGGAUAAGAUUAUUAUAACAAAGUUUCCAACAAAUUACAUACUGUUUUGUUAUGCUAGAAAUGAUAUGUGGAAACCAAAAUAUAAAUUUCUUUAAUUCAAUUCA